CCGCGCCCCGCCCCGCCCGCCGAGGACCCCCGGCCGCCGCCGCCGCCGCCGCCGCUCGCUCCGGCCCCGCUCCCGCCCGGCCCCGGCCCCGGCCCCGCUCCCGCUCCCGCCUGGCCCCGCUCCGCCCCGGCCCCGGUGCCGCCAUGACGCUCCUCGCCGCCGGUAGCCGGGCGGCCGCGCGCCUCCGCGGGCCCAAGAACGCACCGUGCGUCCUCUUCGCCGCCCGUCAUGCCAGCGCCGCCACGAACCUGAAAGACGUCCUUGCCAGCAUGAUCCCCAAGGAGCAGGCGAAAAUAAAGAGCUUCAGGCAGCAGCAUGGCAACACGGCCAUCGGGCAGAUCACGGUGGACAUGGUGUACGGCGGGAUGAGGGGCAUGAAAGGGCUGGUAUAUGAGACCUCCGUGCUGGAUCCUGAUGAGGGCAUCCGCUUCCGUGGGUACAGCAUCCCCGAGUGCCAGAAGCUGCUGCCCAAAGCUGCAGGGGGAGAUGAGCCGCUGCCUGAGGGGCUCUUCUGGCUGCUGGUGACAGGAGAGGUGCCCACCCAGGAGCAGGUGAGCUGGCUGUCCCGCGAGUGGGCCCGGCGCGCCGCCCUGCCCUCCCACGUGGUGACCAUGCUGGACAACUUCCCCACCAACCUGCACCCCAUGUCCCAGCUGAGCGCUGCCAUCACCGCCCUCAACAGCGAGAGCAAGUUCGCUCGCGCCUACGCCGAGGGCCUCCACCGUGUCAAGUACUGGGAGUUUGUCUAUGAGGACGCCAUGGACCUGAUCGCCAAGCUGCCUUGCGUCGCCGCAAAGAUCUACCGCAACCUGUACCGCGAGGGCAGCAGCAUCGGGGCCAUCGACCCCAACCUCGACUGGUCCCACAACUUCACCAACAUGCUGGGCUACACCGACCCCCAGUUCAUCGAGCUGAUGCGGCUCUACCUCACCAUCCACAGCGACCACGAGGGGGGAAACGUGAGCGCCCACACCAGCCACCUGGUCGGCAGCGCCCUCUCCGACCCGUACCUCGCCUUCGCCGCCGCCAUGAACGGGCUGGCCGGGCCCCUGCACGGCCUCGCCAACCAGGAGGUGCUGCUCUGGCUGACCAACCUGCAGAAGGAGCUGGGCCAGGAGGUGUCGGACGAGAAGCUGCGGGAUUUCAUCUGGAACACGCUCAACUCGGGCAGGGUGGUGCCGGGGUACGGGCACGCGGUGCUGCGGAAGACGGACCCCCGCUACACCUGCCAGCGGGAGUUCGCCCUCAAGCACCUGCCCAAGGACCCCAUGUUCAAGCUGGUGGCCCAGCUCUACAAGAUCGUCCCCAACGUGCUGCUGGAGCAGGGCAAGGCCAAGAACCCCUGGCCCAACGUGGAUGCCCACAGCGGGGUGCUGCUGCAGUAUUAUGGGAUGAAGGAGAUGAACUACUACACGGUGCUCUUUGGGGUCUCCCGGGCCCUGGGCGUCCUCUCGCAGCUCAUCUGGAGCCGGGCGCUGGGCUUCCCCCUGGAGAGACCCAAGUCCAUGAGCACGCAGGGCCUCAUGCAGCUCGUGGGCUACAAAUCUGGGUAAAGAAGGGACGGGGACAGGGCUGCGGCUCGCUGCUCCCCAGGGAACGCUGCGCUGCUGCGCUGGGCCCCGGACGGACUCGGCACUGAACCCCCCUCUGGCACGGGCCGUGGGUCUCCUGUGGUGCGAGCGGAGCCCCCUCCCCGCCGCUCCUCUCCCCUCCCUGCUGCCCUGGGAGGGGGCAGAGGCAGCUCCGGGCCCACCCUGCCCCAUGCCCCCUGCCCCAUGCCCCCUGCCCAGGCUGUCCCCACCCCGGAGCCCCCUCCCCAGCUCUGCCCCAGCAAGGCGGGGGGCUCCUGCGCCCCCACCCCACCCCAGCAGCAUCACGCACACUGGGAGCCCCUGGGCUCCCCCGCUGCUGGGCCGGGGGGGUGGCACCGGCGAGGCUGUGGGGGCACGCACUGCCCCCCCCCACCGCAGCCAUCCCCCCGAGAGGGGUUCAGUCCAGACUCGUGUCCAGGCCCCCCCCCCACCCACGGGGCAGCAGGUGAAGAAUGAAUGUCUCAUCCCCCCCGCCCCAAGCAGGGACUCGAUACACUCCUCCCCGGCCCGUGCCCCCGUGUUUGUGUGACCCCCCCCGUGUCCGAUGCCCCCGGCAGCAGGAGCUGGGCCCCCCCCAGGCCAGCCCCGGCCCCCCGCAGGUAUCAGGCACUUCUGUACAAACAACAACAAAAUGCAAAAUAAAUGUUUUUAUUAACAAA